GGAGUUGUAAAAAGAAGCGCGUGCACUUUUCAGCACCAGCACCUUGUGGAUAGCAGCCAAACGGAGCAAAGAGGGCAGUCGUUGUGGGGUUAGCUUCAUUGUAACAAACCGACUACUUUUGCGGUUUGCGACGCCACCACGACCGCUGCGAUCGCGGGAAAACUUUAUUGGUAGUUUUGAGUCGACAGGCGGAAGAUAUAAAGCGGCGCCGCUUGAGCUUUGUUUGCCCCGGCGGGCAAAUAGUGCCACGAGCUACAUCUCGUGUUGAAAGAGAGGCAGUUUCUACGGGUACACAUACCGUUAUAUUCGGCUCGUUUGUGUCGAAACCGCGCGGUCCGGCUUCAACUAACUGCGCCUCGGGAAGACUAAAUGGCUGCAUACGAAGAGAAACAAAGGUGAUAAAGAAGAUCAUUCAUCCUAGCCGGCUCGGUCCAGACAACGGUUGACCCGUGGGGCUGUUUUCGUAGCCACAUCACAGCCUGCUCGUAGCCGCCGAGAGGUCUCCAUUGUGUGAGCAUCUCUGUGCUAUUCUACCCCCGACCCCCGGAGCCCUCGCUGCCACACACACACACACCUGCCGCCUCCCACAACUGUGUGUUUUCAGCGGGAUCUUUUGUUUUUCCAACUUGCACGCAUCCCCCCCCCACCACCAAAAGAAGAGGAAAAUGUGCUCUCGAGUUUGGUUCGUGACCGACCGGCGUAUCAGCCAGGAAUAUCCCCAACUUCAGAUCCUCCGGGCGCUGAAGGAGCGCUGCGCCGACGAGGAUGUUGAAUUCCGCUCUCUUCUCAUGGAUCAAAUCGUGCUCACGAUCAGCGAGGGACAAUUAGGUCUGCGAGUGGAGCAGGAAUUGGUGACGUCUUAUCCACAGGUGGUUGUGGUACGGGUGCCCACGCCCUGGGUGCAGUCAGAUAGCGAUAUCACCGUGCUGCGCCACCUGGAGAAGAUGGGCUGUCGGCUGAUCAACCGGCCCCAGGCCAUACUCAACUGUGUGAACAAGUUCUGGACCUUUCAGGAGCUGGCCGGCCAUGGGGUGCCUCUUCCUGACACCUUCUCCUACGGAGGGCACGACAACUUCCGUAAAAUGAUUGACGAGGCGGAGCCUCUGGGCUACCCCGUGGUGGUGAAGAAUGCACGUGGCCACAGAGGCAAGGCUGUGUUCCUGGCACGGGACAAACAUCACCUGACAGAUCUGUGCCACUUGAUCCGUCACGAUACCCCCUACCUGUUUCAGGAGUACGUCAAGGAGUCGCAUGGCCGUGACGUGCGGGUGGUCCUAGUGGGUGGCCGUGUCAUUGGUUCAAUGCUGCGCUGCUCUACUGAUGGUCGCAUGCAGAGCAACUGCUCCCUGGGUGGUGUAGGUAUGAUGUGCCCACUGAGCGAGCAAGGGAAGCAGCUGGCUAUAGAGGUGUCUAACAUCCUCGGCAUGGAUGUGUGUGGCAUUGACCUGCUGCAGCUCAAUGAUGGCUCAUUUGUGGUCUGCGAGGCCAAUGCCAACGUGGGCUUCAUUGCAUUCGACCAAGCCUGUGGCAUGGACGUGGCGGGCAUCGUCGCUGACUACGCCCUGUCGAUGCUCCCCAGCCGCCUCACCCGUAAGAUGUCGCUGCUCUCCGUCGUGUCGAGCACCAGCGAGACCAGCAGCGAGCCCGAGGUGUGCCCCGUGCCCACCGGCGGCGGCUCGCUACCCGAGGCCGUCUGCAACAUGAGCAUGGGUUCUACUUCCAGCGAGAGCGACCCGGAGCUGGCCGAGCCCUCCCAGUCCUCGCCCCGCCAGUCCACGGCCCCCAACUUGCCCGAUCUCCCUGAUCCAGCCUACAACUUCAACACCCUCCUCGCCAAUGAAAUCAAGUUAUUGACUGAGUGAGAUUCAAGCAGCUUCAUGCACCCACAAACACACAUACACACACCUGUACGCAUGGCAACAGACAUUCCUUUUAAAAACACAUAUCAAUCCAAAAACUAUUAAAACAUAAGAUGUUAAAAUGCAAAACAAGAGCUGAGAAAAACGACACGUAUACAGACACAGAAAUAGAAACACCAAAACAUGAGCCUUCUCCUACUAACCCCCCCCCAAAAAAACAAAGAUCUGAGGCUGCUCCCCUGACUCUCCUCGCUUUGCACCUCUCCUCCCAAACCCCAAUAUCCAAACUUAGCUUACACUGCAGCAUGGUGGCGAGAGUGGGAUAUAGUACAUACGAUAACUGCCAAAUUGGCCUCUCCUAGUUUCUUUCUUUGCAAAAUAGUGAGGGUGAAGGUGACUAUGUUUUUUGGGCUGGGUGUGGGAUUCCCAUAGAGGCAUACACCUGUUGUAUUUUUUAUCCUUACACUACAAUAACAUUAUUUAAAGAAGAAUCUACAGUAUGUUGUCAUUAAAAAGGGGUUUCCUGCUGAGACUGUAGUCAGGUUUGGUGGAUUGGAGGCGAAAUGAAGUGUUUUUUUUCAAGUGAUUAGCUCCUUGGGAGAGGAAUACAUCCUCAUGCUAGGCACAUUAUACUGCCUGUUCUAAUGUAGCAAUGAAGUGCAUCUGUCAAGGACACAGAACAACUGGAAGCAACUGGAAAUGGAGGAAUUUCAUGUCAAAUUUUCCGCUUUUCAUUAUUCAUAAUAUGUGAAAUGAGAAAAAAAAAAGAAUUUUUACCAGUUAACACAAAAUAUCUCUUCUUCCUGUAAUUAAAUUCCAUAAAACCCCAAUUUAAAAUAUGAAUAACUCAUAUUAAAAUGUAGCUGGAGCUGCUAUAUUGACAGUGAAUAAAAGGCUGACGCUGUAGUGUCAAAGUGAUUUUCAUGUGUAAAUAAGAAUAUGAUUAACCCAGAUUACAUCCCUAUAGCACCAGAAAAACAUCCUAGGUGCUAGCAUGGUGUCCAUAAAUGAAUGUCUCUGCUCACUGUGAAUUAACCAGGCUGAUGCUGAUGUAAAUGUAAGCAAAACUGCCCUAACCUGUGCGAGGUAGUAGAAAUAACACAGCAGAUCUUCUGUUUACAACCUGGAAAAUAAAAAUUAAUUGAGUGCCAUUUACUCAAUUUUUAACAUUUACAUUCCUAGAUAGCUUGUUUGAUUAGCCUUACCAGCAGCAGCAGCAGUCUGCUGCUUUUUAAAAUUCAUUCAAUGUCUAGCACUUUAUAAUAAACAGAUGCAUUUUUUUUUCUCUCUCACUCAGAUGACAUAUUUAGUAGACAUGAGACAGUGUGAACAAAAUAUACCUCAAAACAGUGACUUCUCACUGCCAUAGGAUGACAUAGAUAUUCAAACAUACAGUACAUAUCAGCCAGGAUCUUUGUGGUUUUCAAAUGCCCCCUGAUACACCAGGUGUUCCUUCCCUUUAUGUCUUUAUUAUUUCUUUUUUUCUUUUUUUAGUUCUUUUGUAAAUAUUAGGUAGUGAAUUAGCUUCAUUGCAUACUAGUAAACAGCUGAUGAAACUGGAACGGCUGAAAUAAUUGCCAACAAAUUUUCUUAAGCUACUGUGGACAAACUUGUUUGUACAGACCUACAAUAUUCACAGAUUGAAACUGAAAUUUGGUGCUAACAUUACUGGAUUUAGUUAGAUGUGAUUUUCGGUCAUAUGAUUUGUAGAUUUUACUUUUAUUGUUUUCAACUUGUUUUUUCGAUUUAAAAAAAAAAUGAAGCAUCCUAACCCACAAAAUAUGUUGGCAUGAUGUACAAAUAAAAAAUGGAAACUAUAUUUUUGCAGUCUCUUUGAAUAGAAUGUUACUUUUUUAUUUCCUUAGAAAAGAAAGGAGAAAAAAAAAAUCCAGGGAUUUCAGUGGCCAAGAGCUUAUUAUUUGCAGGUUUGUUCCUGUUGAUUUACCUCCUGUACGCCUUCUGAAAUCACCAUCAGCAUAGCGGUAGGGUACGCCGGGGUAAAUGCUGUUCAUUAAGAAUAAUUUACGGCUCUGAUCAAAAGCACAAAUGUGAUCCAUAAGUUGUUCCACGUAGUGACGUCCACGUUUUUAAGCUCAUAACCCUUUCUGUUGAACACAACUCAGGGAAGCAGCCUGGAUCUCACCCCUGACCCCCGAAAGGCACGACAUAUCCAUCCGAGCGAGAGACAUGUCAAACAACACAACACAUACCUACAGGCAGACAAAAAGAUACACAAACAACAAUGAAAAAAAGGUUGUAAACUACAGUAUAAGACAAUGUGGUGUAUACCAUGGUUAACAUGCACUUUUUUUCCUUGCUUGUUUUAUAUUGUUCCUUGUUUUCUUCCUAAUUUAUGGUAUUUUUAAAGAAAAAAAGUGGUUUGUGUGCACUAAUAUUGUGUCAAUAAAGUGAAACCGCUGUGAA